AUCUGGAGAAACAACUUCCUCAUAAGUGCCUCAAUCAAAUCAGCAACUCAACCAUUCUUGUGCAUGCCCCAAACCUCUGUCGUAACCUAGGCAACCCUGGGUUGUCCACGUCACAUGACACCACCAUAUGUCAAAUUUCUUGCCUAUAGGCACCUCUAAUUUCUAUGCUCCCACUGCCCGGGGCUGCCUAUAAAAGAAGGGCAGAGAGUGCAGAUCCCAGCAGGGGGCCAGCAGGCGUGGCUUCCAAAGCCCCAUCUCAGCCCCGCCCACACUCCUCCGCCCGCUUGCCACCGUCAUGAAGGUCCUUGGGGCGGCUGUCCUUGUCCUCCUCUGUACCAGGGCCCUCUGCGCCUAUCAGAAAGAAAGGACUUACGUCAUCGCUCCCACCUGCUGCAUGUCCUACACGCCCAGGCAGAUGCCCCGCAAACUUGUGGUUUCCUAUUUUAAGACCAGCGGCCAGUGCUCCAACCUUGGUGUUGUCUUUCUCACCAAAAAGGGCCGGCAUAUCUGUGCCAAUCCCAGCGAUGCCUGGGUGCAAGACUACAUCACCAACAUGAAGGAGACCCCCCAAGGGGACAUGUGACUCAGUGUGCCCAUGGGCAGCAAGGACGCGAACUAGGGGAAUGUCCCUGCCACCUCUGAAGUUCCCUGUCCUGUGAGUCCUUCCCCCUCCACUAACCACAUUCUGAAACCCUUCUUUAACUUAGUAAGGAAUUUAAACGUAAAUUGUUUCAUUCACUUGAGGCUCCCUCUGAGAAAUCAUCUAACACCCGCUCCCGCCCCGGUCCUCCCCCAGUCACACAGUGGUCUCUUCACGUUCAGGGUGACAGCGAAUGACGGUGUGCCCGUGUCUGGGUGCGCUGGACCGAACUUAGCCAUGGACGCUUAUUGAGUUUGUGUGAGUCCUUUACUCUGUUAAAUUU